AUGACAUCAAACGCACCUGCGAGCACUGCCCCCACGACGGCCCCAGCAGCAGGAGAACACGGCCUCGUGCUGGAUGAACGCCGAGCGCAGCUGGUCAAGAACGUGCAGGACCUCUUCAGCUCUAAGCCGAGGCUCGAUAUCUUUGAACAGGACUGGAAGAAGGGUGAGCAACUUUCCACCAGUCUAUUGAUAAUCGUCGCAGACUGGCGCGUUGAUGCCAAAAGCCCGACUCCUCUUGACAGAUGCCGUCUUUGAGGAUCCGAUCUGCAUCGCCAAGGGGGAUAAGGAAUACAUGGCACAAUGGUGAUAACGAACCAGUCCGAACACACCCAGUCUGCCAUGAGCACACGCUGAGACGGUUGUGACUGCUCUGAUGAACAGGUACGGCAUGCCCAAAGCGUUUCCUCAGUCGGAGACUUUGUCUUGGAAAGUUCUCAAGAACGAGCCUGUGAGUGGUUUGUCAUUGUUCAGAAGAGUUGAACGGAUCGCUCAUCUUUUCUUGGUCUCUCUAGGGCCUAAUCGAGUACGAACAAGUGCAGAAAUAUACUGUCGCGGGUAUCCACACUGUCAAGGAGAUGAAAUCGCUCGUUCACAUCGAGCUGGACCCGACCGACAACAAGAUCACCCGGUUCGAAGACCGAUGGAAUGGCAAGGAGAUGAAGAGUGGAUGGCUUGGAUUGAAGUUGAGGAGCUUCAACGGUCGCUUCAUGCCGAGCCUGAUAUCGGUCCCCAAAUCCGAGUCCAAGCUCUAG